CCGGGGGCUCCGGACGACGGCGACGGCCUGUGGCCUCCUGCGGCGCCCAGAAGGUAUGGAGGAGGCGCCCCUGCCCGUGCUCGCCGGGCUCCUCUCAGUCUCCCCCGACCCGCCUUCCUCCCUUCCCUCCCCAGGAGCACGGUAUCCUCCUGUCCAUCUCGUCCCUGGGUCGGACUCUGCGCCGGGCGGUGGCCGGGGGCCGCCGCGGGGCCCUGGAGAGAGCGGCUUGGACGGCGGCGGUGCGCACCGAGGCGGUGAUGCGGCGCCACUGCAGGACGCUGCGGCAGCGGAGCCGGCGGCCCGAGAGGCCCCGUGCCCGGCGUCGCGGCGGCCGGAGGCAGCUCCUGCUGCGCGCCCUGGACGCCGUCGCCACCUGCUGGGAGAAGCUCUUCGCGCUGCGCGCCGCGGCCUCCGGGGGCUCCUAGCGCGGCCCGCCCAGGCCCAGCCUCCGGCGAGCGCCCCGCGCGGCAGAUCCCGUCGACCUGCUGGCGACCUCGGCCCCUCGCUCGACGCAGCCCGCGUGCCCCGGACGGCCCGGAGCUUGGGGAGAGCGCGCCCGGCCGCCGCUGGGUCUCGGAGGAGGCGCGCCCUUCCCGCGCCGGAGGCCUCAAUAAACGGAGCUGGCGUCGCGGCUCCCGCACUCCCUUCGCGCGCCUCUCUGUGGGCCCGGGGCCGCCCGGGUCUGCGCCUCGAGGGCGGGAGCGGUGGAGGGGAACGCGGGACCGGCACUUCCCGUCGUACCUGGACGGGGCGGGGCCGCCGCUCCCAACCUCGGGCAGCAGAGGGCGGGCGCGGGACGCUGGGCGCGCUCGGCUCGGUGCGCUGCUCACGGCUGGGCGGAGGGCAGAUCGGGGGACUCCUGGGGCCCCUAAAACGUCACGUAUCCGUCCUGCUCCGCUUUGGACCGGGGCAGGGGGUGGAAAUUGAGGGGAGGGGAAGGCUGAACUUGGCGAAUUCGGAGCAAAACAACCGGAUAAAGGAAACGGGCCCGAAGGGAAGCGGGAGCUGCGGGCCCUGGCUGUGAGCUUGGCCAGGCUAUUUCCUGCUGCCGCAGGAGGGGUGGCCACGGCCUGGGCGCAGAGACUGCCCAGCCCCCUCUGCAGGACUGGCCAGGCUGGCCGGGGAUCUGCUUUCUGGCCCCUGGAACCCUCCAUUUGCUGGGGGACUGAGCCCUGGUUCCCCCAUCUGAUCCACAGGUCUGAAAGAAGCAACCUCCUAAGCUGACCCUGACCCAGCCCCACACACCGUGUCAAUGCAUUUAGCCUGUGCCACGGAGCUACUGUUUCUGUUUCACAGAUUGGGAAACAAGCGCGGGGAGGUUGUGCGACCCGCCCCAGACCGCACAGCCGGCAGUGUUAGAGCUGGCCUUGGACCCAGGCCCAGGGUCCUCGGCCUGGAGGCUGGGGAGCCAAGCUUCCUGGACUUAAGAGCCUUGACAGAGUCCCUGGCCAAGCACCCAGCAAGUGUUGCCAGGCCUAGUUCUGCGGUGCCUGCUCUGUGGCGGCCAGCAUGGGCAAGUGUAGGAGGGAUGACGGGGAGAGGCGGGGUGCAGGAGCCCCGGCUGGAGCCAAAGCACUUCACGGAGGCACUUGGACGUAUCCCAAGGCAGCGGAAGGUCUUUGGUGAAGGAGGAUGUUAGAGUGGGGAUUUAGAAAGAUCCCCGUGGCUUGUAUGGAGGGCUGGUGAGGAUGAAGGGGUGAGGACAGGUCCAGGCUGCCCAGGGUCCUGGCUGGAGUACCUGGGUGGGGCUCUGGGGAGCACUGCAGAGGGAGUGGGUCUGUUUGAGGUCCCUGAGGGAGCUGGGGCACCACGGACACAGCUGGGCUCAGCUGGGCGUGCUGGGGUUUGGAACAUAAGAUAUAGACAGAAGAGCGUGUCUGGGAGGCAGCUGAGUUGGGGCCUGGAGAGAGAGUUCAGGAGUCUGGGCUGGGCUCAGGGACAGAAUGGGGACCGGCCCUCCGUGAAGGCUCCCACUCUCGUUUCCCCAAGGGCAGCUGGCUUCUUGCACUUGGACCUACUCCAACCCCUGGGCCAUGGGGAGAGCACUCCUCUCCAGUCCUAGGACCCACGCGUGGCCUCCCGGGCCGUUCCGCAGCUCCUGCCCACCCACAGUGGGCUGUUCAGAGUAAUCGGAGGCAACAGAAACAGCUCCCUCAACCCCAACUGAGAAAGGUUCAAACAAGCCACAGCCUCCUGGGGGCAGGAGGAGGAACAGAUGCCUCAGGCUUCUGGGGACGCAUGUCCAUGACUAGUCCUGGACGUCGACCACAAGGAUGUGUGAGAAGCCCU